ACACACAGCAGCAUCAGCACCGUCCGCAUCCUCACCGGGACCAUCCGACACACCGAGCCGCCUCCGGAGCUCUCUGUCCCGGCCACACGCUCCGCUCCGCCCCGGGACCAGAACCUCAUGCUGGGUCCGCAUCACGGAGCCUCCGUCCGGGAUCUAAUCAGAGGAGAGGAGCGGCGGAGCGGCGUCUGGAGGAUGCCCUGCUGCGUCCCAGCAGGCCUGUGAAGAUGAGUGUGACAUCAUGGUUCCUGGUGAGCAGCUCGGGGACUCGGCACCGCCUCCCCCGAGAACUCAUCUUUGUGGGCCGGGAGGACUGUGAGCUCAUGCUGCAGUCCCGCAGCGUGGACAAGCAGCACGCCGUCAUCAACUACAACCCGGCCACAGACGAGCACCUGGUGAAGGACCUGGGCAGCCUGAACGGGACGUUUGUCAACGACCUGAGGAUCCCCGACCAGACCUAUAUCACCCUGAAGCUGACGGACAGCCUCCGCUUCGGAUACGAUUCUCAUGUCUACGUGUUGGAGAGGAGUCAACAUAAAGUCCCUGAAGAGGCUCUGAAGCAUGAGAAGUACAGCAGCCAGCUGCAGAUCAGCCUGAAGGCUUCAGACAGCAAGAAGAUGGAGCUGGAGAAGAGUCAGAGUACAAAGAGUACACAAGAGGCUCCGGCGUGUCGGCCCACGCCGCUCUACGGCCAGCCGUCCUGGUGGGGAGAGGAGGACUAUGGGAGUAAAGUUCAGACCAGCGAUGAAACUCAUUCAGAGGUCCAGAAAGACGCUCUGUUGGUGGAUCCGGACUUUUCCGGAUCUUUGUCCGACUCCCAACCAAAGACCGGCUUCCCUUCGUACCACCGCGAGCCCAGUUACUUCGAGAUCCCCACCAAAGACUUCCAGCACGCCAAAACCCCGGGGGCGGAGCUUCACGAGAUCCCCACCAAGGACACGGACCCGCCCCUGGCCCCGCCGUCCCCGCCCACCCCGACCCCGCCCGCCGUCCAGAGCCACGCCUCCUUCACCAUCGAGUUCGACGACUGCAUGCCCGGCAAGAUCAAGAUCAAAGACCACGUCACCAAGUUCUCCACCCGCCAGAGGAAGCAGCAGGCUCCGCCCACCAAGACCGCAACAGCCACGCCCACAGACAUGAUGUCAGCGGAGUGCAAGGUGGCUGAUUGGCUGGUCCACAGUGAUGUCAGCAUGAUGAGACGACGUCCAACGUGUGAAGACGUCUUCAGCACCAAGAGCGACCUCGCCAUCAACAUCAAGUCCCUCAAAGGUCACCAUCAUGAGGACGGGACCCAGAGCGACUCGGAGGACCCUGUUCUCAAAGGGAGGCGGAGCAAGUCUCACCACUCCGUCCAAUCAGAGCAGUCGGAGGCGUCGCAGCAGACGGUUCAGUCGUCUGUCCGCCACCAGCCGCCUGCUCCGACACAGACGCUCCACCAGCCGCUGCAGUACUCUCCGCCCGGACCGGCCCCGGCCUCCCCUGUGGCCCCUGAGCGGCCCCUGUCCCAGAGUCCUCCCCAGACUCAGUCCCCCACCACAGAAACGCCCAAGCAGGGCCCCCCUGAGCACCUCACCCAGCAGGCCUUCAUCAUCGAGUUCUUCGACGACAACCCGCGCAAAAAGCGCUCGCAGUCGUUCACGCACAACCCCGCCCACGCCGACUCGUACUCGGCCCUGAAGGCCAAGCUGGAGCGCCGGAAAGGGGGCGAGAGGCCGGCGUCUGUGCACGGCCACAUCCCCCCCACCCAGCAGGUGACGGUUCCUCUGAAGGGCCAGGGCCACGGCGGGCCCCAGAGGUCCAGCUCUCUGAAGAGGGAGAAGACGGAGGGGGAGGUGGCCUCCUCUCGCUCCUCCUCCGGAAUCACCAUCAGACCCUUCGGCAGCGUCGGCAAGAAGUCCAAGCUCGCCCAGGAAUUCGCCGCGGAAUUCCUGAAGGACUCUGGUCAACAGGAUUCCUCCCCGACCAGGGACAAGAUGUCCCCGCCCCCGAUGUCGGCGCCGCCGGUGAUGGUGUCGCCUCCGAAUGUGAGAAUCCCCUCCCCCCCCGGACCGGCCGCCCCCGCCGCGGUCUCCUACCCCUCGUCCCCCUUGCAGCCUCCAGCUGGAUCCAAGUCCGCGAUCCCAAACAACAUCCAGACCGCCUCUCCGGUCCACUCCCCUGGACCGCCCAUGUCUCCCAUGCUGCCCCUGGGCGUCCGCGCGGGAGACCCCAAAGCCUCCCAGAGGAUGAUGAGGAACGAGGAGGACGACAGCCUGAGCGACGCCGGGACAUACACCAUCGAGACGGAGUCGCAGGACAAAGAGGUGGAGGACGCUCGGAACAUGAUCGAUCAGGUGUUCGGUGUCCUCGACUCUCCGGAGUACAGUGGUGUGACCACGGGAGUGUAUAGACCCGUAAUAAAUGAUGGCAAGGAUGAGCACGCUAACCUGCCUAGCGACGGUAGCGCUGUGGACCCGUUGCAUGGCUUUUUCCCAGCGGCUGUCAGCGGCGCCCCGGCGGGCCCCGUCCAGGUGUCCUCUGCUCAUGCGGCAGGUCUGGAAGGGCCCAAGUGGGUUUCCCGGUGGGCCAGUCUGGCAGACAGCUAUGCGGAACCGGGUUCCACUCCACCUCAGGACUGUCUGGAAGAUUUGCGUUUCAUGAGCCGGUCGAUGGGAAAUUACAGCUACGACAACUCCGAGUCAGAGUCGAGCCACAGCUCCAGGACCAGGAGGCUGCUGCCCCAGGUGCCCCCGGAGAAGCUGGAGAGUGUUCACCCGAGUAUCCUGAUUCGCCACGAGCCUUACCAGGUCCAGGAACCUCUGGACAGGGUCUCCGGACCUCCUCGCCCACAGGACCCCACCCAGCGAUUGUCCAUUCAGGACGACGUGGACCCGGACAGUCUGAGCGACGCCAGCCGCUCAGACGACGGACCUAUUCUGGAUAAAGCUAAGAGGAACCAGGCCAGGACCGGAUCUUUGUCUCCGGGGGAUGCUGGUCCUCAGUUCAAGGGUCCGGAGAAGGUUUCUCCCUCCGCCAAGUCCACCUCCUUUUACAUUGGUUCUGAGGACAGUCCAGGUAAACCUGACCAGGCCCGGAGCCCCGUACAGUCGGAGAGGACACGUGACCCCCCGCCCAAACCCCCCCCCACCACAGUCCUGAUCCGACACCUGAGUGGACAUGAACCAAGGAGGACCGGCGUCAAACCCAACAGCUCUGCUCCAAACCUCCAAAUGCAAGACAAGGAUUCUGUCCCCACUAAAGACGGCUGCAUGUCCUCCAUCGUCCGGCAGGAGAGCUUCACCAAAGACCGGCCCAGCGACACGGUCCAGAUGAAGAAGCUCCCCCACAUCUCCAGCCACCCGUCCAUCAGAGACAUGGAGCGGAGGAGGGAGAACAUCCAGGAGACGCAGAGCUUCCUCCAGGAGGCGGAAGGAGCUCUGUGCUCGCUGGACUCCAGGUUCCCCUCGUCUGGCUCGGGGCGCAGCUCAAAGAAAGGAGGGUCCUCCACCCACAUGGACGACUCUCUCUCUGGUGAGUCCGACGUGGACACGGCGAGCACCGUGAGCCAGGUCAGCAGCAAAAAUGCUCCGCUCAGCUCCGCCCCUAAGAAGCGCCCGGCCAUCAGCAGCCUCCAGAAGGAGAAGUCCUCCUCCAGCCCGUCCAUCCAGGAGAAGGGCCGGCAGCUCUCCGCCCGCGAGCGGCUUUCUGAGAAACGCCGAAACCAGACGGCUGCCGAUGCAUCAAGCAAGGCCGAGGCCACCAAGCGCUUCCAGAUGCGCCGCAGCGCGGGCAACCGCGGCUCCCUGGAUCUGUCAGAGGGCCAGCAGGGUUCUGGUCCACACCGGACCGAGACGGCUUCCUCCGACCAUGAAACCUCCCGUCCGUCCAGCCGGAGCAAGAAAGUCAUCGCUCCCCUCCAGAAAGAGGACAACGGAAAGACGCCAAAGACUGCAAACCAGCAGGUUCUGACACGGUCCAACAGCCUGUCGGCGCCGCGGCCGACCCGGGCGUCCAUGCUCCGCCGAGCGCGCCUGGGCGAGGCCUCGGAUAAUGAGGGCGCCGAGACCGACCGGGGCUCCCAGAACUCGGACCACGUCGCCGCGCCCUCCAAAGCGUCCGCCGAGGGGAAGAAGCUGUCCAGGCUGGACAUCUUAGCCAUGCCCAGGAAGAGAACCGGCUCCUUCACGGCUCCCAGCGACACCGAGACGCCCUCCGCCGGCCGGCCCGGGUCCAACAGGAACUCUGAGUCCGCCGCCGCCAGGAAGACGUCUGUGGGCGACGCCCGCCAGGCAGCUGGCAAAGGGGGCGGAGCUAUGGGGAAGCAGCCGCUGACCCGUACCCGGUCCAGCGGAGCCAAGUACCCCGGCACCGGUUCUCGUCGUAGACAGAAGGGUUCCGACUUCUCCUCUUCCUCUGACGAAGAGUACGAGACGAGCGCCGUGAAUCCCAAAGCCAAGCGCUCCUCCCACCCCUCCUCCCAGACGCCACGCCACCGGCCCGCCGCCGCCGCCACCCGAUCCAAGUCCGUCUCCCUGGAGACGGAGGAGGACGAGGACCAGAGCGACCCGUACCAGAACUGGUCCACGCACAGCGCCGAAAUCGCCAAGCUCAGCCAGGACCUGGCCAAAGACCUGGCCAUCCUGGCCAAGGAGAUCCACGACGUGGCCGGGGACGGGGACUCUCCUGGCUCCGGCCUAGGCCCCGCCUCCUCGCCCGGCUCGCUGCCCAACACGCCGGCCUCCACCAUGUCUGCCCGGGAGGAGCUGGUCCAACAUAUCCCCGAGGCCAGUUUAAACUACCAGAAGGUUCCUCCGGGUUCUGCUGUCGUCUCGGACCUGGACGCGAACAUGAAUGAGCCGGAGCCCGGUUCUAAGCAUCGCCGUCCGUGGAACCGCGAAGAGGUGAUUCUGGACAACCUGAUGCUGAAUCCGGUGUCCCAGCUGUCGCAGGCCAUCCGGGAGAACACGGAGCAGCUGGCCGAGAAGAUGAAGGUUCUGUUCCAGAACAAGGCCGAGGUCUGGGAGGAGAUAGAGGCCAAGAUCAACGCUGAGAACGAAGUCCCCAUCCUGAAAACCUCCAACAAGGAGAUCACGUCCAUUUUAAAGGAGCUGAGACGAGUCCAGCGGCAGCUCGAAGUUAUAAACACCAUCGUGGAGCCCGGCGGCGGUCUACAACCGGCAGCUGUCGGGACGACGCCCCGCGGUCAGACUCGACCGUCCUCGAGGGAGAAGAAACCCGCCGCCAAACCCCGCGGCGCCACACCGACCUCCAACGCCAACGAAAGCACCAAAAGACCACCUCGUGGACCCGACGGGGCCCACUACAUGGCCUGAACGGGCCACCGUAGCACCUCCGGACUGGAACUUCGUGUCCACGCCGCUCCGCCUCCGCCCGGGACCGGCCCCGCGCCGGGACCGCCUUCUGUAGCGCCCAGAGAGGCCCGAGUGUUCGAGGUUAGCUCGGCGGCUUUUAUGUGUCGUAGGCAAGAAAACCUUUUCAUCGCAAAUGUUUUAGAGAGAAACGGCGACGGUCGAUGCCGACCUUCGCUCGGCGCUUGUUGUUGUCGUGUUCAUGACGCUUCUGCCAGACGUCCAUCAACCGUCUUUCACAGUUUAUAUCCGUCCACAACCAGAGGACACUUUGUCCCUUCUUUGGUCCUCAGUGUCCCACAAUCAUUGCACAGCAGUCCCAGUUAGAGCUGGCGGUUCGGCGGCGUGAUGCAGGGGCAAGGGGUACCUGAUUCAGGGUCUGGCGUAGGGG